ACAGUGUGGCUGCGAGCAGGGAAGCCAAACAGCGCGGAUGGUGUCUUAUCUUUGAGUACCUUAAACUCUUCGUCUUUGAUAAUGCAAACGUUUGUAGCGUGGUUUUAUUAAAAUGGAAACAGCUGAAAGAAAACGCUACUAACUUUUUGUGGAGAACAGUGAUGGAGAGGAGUUAAAGUUGAGGAUAAAUCAACUUUUAAGGGGAUUUUCCACGCGAUAACCUGAAUGUAUGGCUAAAUAUGUCAGAAGUUAAAGUUUAACUCUAGCAAACGUAAACUCGAAGCGUUAAUACAGAGAUCUGUUGCACAAAAUGGUGAAAGGUUACUAAAACUCACAGUGCUGCUUUAGUGGAAAUGUACUUGUUUUUUGUUUUUGUUUUUUUAAAGAUAAUCAACUAAUUGGGAUCAUUUCUUCCUCCAUCACGGUCAUGCCGAUGUGUUAACGGCUCGUUACUUGGGGGAAGAAGAAGUAAUCCAGUAACGUGUCGUGUGUGCGUAAAGCGAGAGAUGCUUGGUGGCCACGUCCCCUUGGAGACUGGAGAGACAACACGUGAUGAGCUUUACUUAUCAGGUUUAGAGGGAGAGAGACAGCGAGACACCCUGAGAGAGCGAGGACACAGCUGGGAGUCCGGGGAGGAAUUAUAAGAAAAUAACUUAAAAACCUACACUUUCCUGGACGACUCCUUUCUUCGAGUGUUUUUUUUUUUCCUCCAGGAGAGGAGAGAGGAAGAGAAGCAGAAGAGGAGGAGGAGGUGGAGGAGGGAGGGGAGGAGGAGGAGGAGAAGCCGGAGUAAAGUUUGUCCAAGUUUGCACAUCCCUUCGGAAACGCCAUUUUGAUUCCUCUCCUCUCCGGAGCAACUUUGCAGCCUCUCUCUCUCCCUUCUUUUUUUCUUCAUCCCCUUUAUCAUCCACCAUCACCGCCGUUCCUCAUCAUCAUCGUCGUCGUCGCCCCCACUACCACCACCACCACCAUCAUCAUCCUCGCCACGAUGUCUCGGCGCAAGCAGCCCAACCCCAACAAAGUCAAGCUGUGAGCAGUGGUUGCAGACACACACACAACAAACCCCGCCCCCCCCUCCCCGCCCCGAGACGCAAGCGAACGUUGCUUUACGAAAAGGACGGCAGUCAUGGACAACUCCACAGAGGAACAGCGAGAAGAGAUAAAUGAGGAGGAGGCGGAGCUAACAGAGGAGAAAACGCCCAAUAAUCUCAAAGCGAUCAAUGGAGUAAUGGAAGAGGCAGCGAGCGAAGGAGAGAAUCUACAGAACGGAGACAGAGGAGGAGGAGGUGGAGGAGGAGGAGACCUGUCCUCCAUUAAUGCCAUGAUGUCAGCAGUAAUGUCAGCAGCAGGAACCAUCAAUGGCGGAGGAGAAGGAGAAGCAGGGAGUGGAGUCACCUCAGCGAACUCCUCUGCUGGGCCCUCCCCAAGCCCCUCCCCCAGCAAGUCGCUUACGGCAGCCAUGAGAGCCCCGCCCAGCCGCAACGCACGACGCAACCAGGACACCAAAGACGACAGCUCAGCUUUUAUCUGUCCGCUGUGUGACAAAAACUGUCAAACACAACACCAGCUGACCAUGCAUAUCAGACAGCACAACGCAGACACCGGAGCGACGGACCACUCCUGUAGCAUCUGUGGGAAGUGCCUGAGCUCGGCCUCGUCGCUGGACAGACACAUGCUGGUGCACAGCGGAGAGAGACCCUACAAAUGUUCCAUCUGUGGACAGACGUUCACCACCAACGGCAAUAUGCACAGACAUAUGAAGAUUCAUGAAAAGGACCCGGCCAGCGGUUUGCUUCCCGUCAGCCCCCCCUCCCCCACCAAACGCCGCCGUCCGUCUGUCAAGAGGAGGCAGGAGGAGGAGAACGGAGAGGAGCCUCCCAGCAAGAAGGUGCUGGAGGACGCAGCCUCAGAAGAAUCUUCAGCAGCAGUUCGUGGAGCAGAGGAGGAGCUGCUACCCUGUCCAAUCUGCUUCAAGACCUGCAGCUCCAGACUGGAGCUGGAUGCACACAUGGACGCGCACCCCGACACUGCACUGAGGUGUGAUCUGUGUUGCCUGUCUUUCCGAACCCACCGUGGAUUAUUGCGUCACAAUGCGGGGGUUCACAAGCUGCUCCCCCAAGACCCCAGCGGCCGCCCCUUCAUCCAAAACAACCCCUCUAUCCCCACUGGCUUCAACGACCUCGCCUUCAUUGACUUCUCCUGCAAGAAGUUUCCUCACAUUGCACAGGUUUGGUGUGAGACAAACCUUCGUCGCUGUAUCAGUAAGUUCCAUCGGUUUGUUUGUGAUUGCUGUGACAAAGCGUUCCCCCUUCACUCUGCCCUGGAUCUGCAUAAAGCCACCUCCCACCCUGAAAGACCCACCACCACUGACACACAGGAAAUGGAGGACAAAACACAGGACGGAGCUGCAGAGAACAGUGUUGACAACGACAGUCAGAAUGAUGAGAAAGAAGUCCUGCCCUUGGAGCAGGCCAGUUUCUUGGAGGGUCUAGGUCUUCAGCACAUUUCUCAGGUGAAGUCUGGUCCUACAGAUGAUGAGAUUCAUCAGGCCCACUUGGACAGCAUCAAGGUGAUCCACGUGGAGCCACCAUCCUCCAGUCUUCCCCAGGAGCCGGCCUCAGCCUACUUGUCUGGAGGUCUGGGGCUGACUUUGGGGCUGGGUGUGGGUAGUCUGGCAGCCCUCAGCAUCCCCUUGCUGGAGGGCUCUGGUUCCACCUCUGCCCUGCAAGGCCUCUCCCAGAGAGAGGCCCUGAGCUUGCUCUCCCUGCAGCCCUUCCAGACUGGCUUCCUCCUCCAGCCUGACGGGGUAGCUGCAACAGGUAGUGCAGCUACAUCAGGGCUCAAACCCGGAGAGGCAAGUGGAGCCGGGAUCAUGGAGCUGGCGGACAUCCAACAGAUCCUCAAAGUGGCGAGUGCAGCUCCAAAUCAGAUGGGACUGACCCUCCCACCUCUGGCCAAAGCUCCAGGUUUUGCUGGAGGUCAAGGUCAAGUCCAGGGGCAGAAGGCGAUGCCUCCAUUGAAGCCCAAACCUCCCAUCACCCCUCGCUCCAGCCUCACAGCAACAACUCCUCCCCCUCUCCAGAGCUCCCAGCAGGCCUCACUUGGCUGCAUCAGCCCCAGCUUGCCACCUCCUACUCCGACUCUCUUCAAAACACCCUCAUCAUCUUCAUCCUCCUCUUCAGCUGGCAAUGGAGGACAGUUGGAUUCAGAGGGUAUAGGUGAUACUCACACACCUUUGUCUGAUUCCCCACCAGCUGCUACCACAGCAGUGCAUGAGGAAGCAGGUCUUAGCGGGAGAAAGUCAGGAACCAAGGGAGGAAACAAUGCCAACACCGGCUCAGCUAAAGGUUCGUUCCCAUGCCGAUUCUGUGACCAGGUGUUUGCCUUUUCUGGCGUCCUGCAAGCUCAUAUGCGCUUCCACCUCGGCAUCCUUCCCCACCAAUGCAACAUCUGUGAUUAUGUAGCUCCAGACAAAGCCACGCUGAUCCGACACCUGCGUACGCACAGUGGUGAGAGACCCUACGUCUGCCGUGUGUGCCACUAUCCUUUCACUGUCAAGGCCAACUGCGAACGGCACCUGAGAAAGAAGCAUGGUAAGACCUCAAGGAAGGACAUAGAGAAAAACAUCAAGUAUGUGACCUCCACCACCACAGUGAACAUCGCCACAGCAAUCACUGCUGCCACAACCACCACCCAGGACACAGAGACAGGCUGUACCGGAGCUGAGACAACAUGCCGGUUCUGUGGUGAAGACUUAAAGACCUACCGGGCUCUGCAGAUCCAUUUGCGUACACACAACGGCUGCCAGAAGAAGCCAUUUGAGUGCAGGCGCUGCGGUGCUGCCUUCCUGGCCAAACGCAAUUGCAUCCACCACCUGCUCAAACAACACCCUGAGGUGCAGGAGAGGGAGAUUGAAGAGCAUAUUGCCACACUUCUGCCUGCCACCAUGCCCAUAGCUACCGUCGCCUCUGGUCGAGCAGCCGCUGUAAAUCAGAUGGCACUAAAUGGGAUCAGUCAGCCUUCAAUUCAGGCACUCCACGCAGUGAAGGUGGAGGAGCUGGCUAACGUGAUUUAUCCUACAGAACUGGACCAGCCACUGGAUUUCUCUGCCAAGGGUCGUGGAUCCCACAGCCAGUCAGGGUCUCCUGGGGUCAAACUGGAGAGCGUCUCCCCCAGCUUCGACUGUUCCGUCCUGGACCAGCCAAUUGACCUGUCCAUCCCCAGCAAGAGGCAGAGGAGAGAGGCAACCAACACCGGAGAGAAUAGGGAGAUCAAGACGGAGCACAGCAGCAGCAGCAGCAACAUCGAACAGCAAACUCUGGUUUUGUCCAAGGAGGAGAAGACAGCAGGCACCCUGCCUCCUCUACACCCUCACCCCCAGCUUGGCUGCUAUCAGCUCCCCCCUGGAUCAACCCCGCCCCCUGCCUCCAUCCCCAAUCUCAACAACUCUACACGAGCCCAGCGCCUCAAACCUCUGCUUCCCAAACCGGCAUCCUCCACACCCUCCACUGCCCUCAAGGAGCUCCCUCCUCUGGCAUCCAUUGCUCAGAUCAUCCACUCCGUCUCUGGAGCUCCAGACCUGCUGAAGAGAGAAGCUGCCACACUAGAGGGCAAACCCCAGGCGGUUGUCGCUUCCUCUCAGGCUGAUACUGCUCCAGACACCCCAGGACCCUCUGCUGUCCUGGAGACACAAAAUGAUGACACAUCUGACGGAUCAUCCAGAAAGCGGCCCAAGAAGAAGAUUGCUGUCCUGACAGGGAAGGAAAAGGCCGUUGUUAGUGGCAGCGGCAUUGACCUAGAGUCCAGCGGGGAGUUUGCCAGUGUGGAAAAGAUGCUGGCCACCACUGACGCUAACAAAUUCAGCACCUACCUGCAAACUGGAGCUGCAGACCUGGGAGGAAAGAGAGAUGUUGACAGGGCAGGAAGAGGGGAUGACAAGGAAGGAGGAGUGAAGGAGGAGGUGAAGCCAGUAGUUUCGGCAGUAGGGCCACAGUCCAAAGGAAAGAAGAACGCCUACUCCAACUCAGUCCAGAAGAUGACCUGCCCCUACUGCCCCCGUGUGUUUCCCUGGGCCAGCUCGCUGCAGAGACACAUGCUGACGCACACCGGCCAAAAGCCUUUCCCCUGCCCAAAGUGUGAUGCCUUUUUUUCCACCAAAUCAAACUGUGAGCGCCACCUGCUGAGGAAACAUGGUGUGACCCAACGAACGCUACGACGCAAUGGUGCUCUCACCAAGAAAGAUGGAGAUGAAGGAUCACAUGAGAGUGCAGAGAGUCAGUCAGAGACAGAGCAAGUAACACCAGAAGCACAAGAUCCCUGCAGCUCCACAGACUCAGGCUCUGCCCCCAUCACAGAUAACCCUACUCCUUCCAAACAACAAGAGGCAGGACCAACAACGACAAGCCCCACCCACAAACCAAGCCAGGAUUGCAGUCCAGCUGCCAGUGGUGCAGAGCUGCAGGAGAAAGAAACUACAGAACAGUCAGACCAGCAGGGGGCGACAGUCACCAGAGCAGCACAGGGAAAACAGCCUCCACAGAACAACAGCACCAAGGUGGAGAGCACAGAUGAUGAUGACUGCCACAGCAACAAAAGUCUGGACCUUAACUUUGGCAAAAAGCUAAUUGACUUCAAGCUCUCCACAUCCUCAAGCUCCACUCAGGAAGAACAACCCUCCCAACCUGCAUCCUCCUCUGAAUCCUCUACCUCUGCUAACCAAGUAGUAACCGAGAGCCAAGAGAAGGAGACGGAGAAAACCGCUCCAAACACCCCCUCCUCCUCUUCCAACAGUCCCAUGGUGAAGCAGCAGCCAGAGUAUAAACAUGUAUGCAGAGUGUGUAAGAAGAGCUUCCGAUAUGCCACCACCCUUGCACGCCAUGAGAGGGCGCACCUCUCUGAGGAGACACCAACUACAGCUCUGGUGGAGGAGAACCUGUCAGUGAAAGAAGAUGAAACUGAGAACCACACUGCUAAACUGACAGAAGAGGAGAAGGAGGAGGAGCAGAAAAAGGAGGCUGAGAUGGAAGAAGAGGAAGGAGGAGUGAGGGGAGGUGACAGUGAGGGAGGAGAAAGCGGGGAGUCAGAGGAGGAGGAGAAGGAGAAGGAGGAGAGGAGCGACGAGGAGGCAUCAGAACCAAAGAAUUUAGAGGGAGGAGAGACAUCAGGAAGACGAGUGGACAAGAGGAAGAAAAUCUGUAACGUCUGUGGCAAAAGAUUCUGGUCUCUGCAGGACUUGACCAGACACAUGAGGUCACACACAGGUGAGCGGCCUUACCAGUGUCAAACCUGUGAGAGGACUUUUACUUUGAAGCACAGCCUGGUUCGCCACCAAAGGAUCCAUCUGAAGCCCCGUGGAGCCGACGGAGCCUCUGCCGGGAACGAUGACGCAAGCGAGGACGGAGACUCCUUCACCCUGACCCCGACCUCCACUUGCCCGCCCUCAGAGAACGAGAGCGAGUCUGGCAGUGCCGCCGCAGGGGCCAAGGAGCUGGAGGAGGAGGAUGCAAAAGAGGAGGGUGAGGAGGACAAUGGAAGAGAUUCAACCACGUUGGAAGAAGAAUGCCUUUCAAAACAAGCCGAGCGUUCAGAACCAGCAAGCACCAUUGCCUCUGAAGAAUCAGAUGCUGAGGAGAAAAAUGAACUUUCUGCAGACUCUACGACACAACAACCUUCUGUUGACAUGACUCCCAGCCAACAAGCUACUGACACAAAGACAACUACUACCGACGACCCCUCAGCCAGCAAGGUGAAAUUGACACCCGAAUCAAACAUGUCCAAAGACCCCUCUCCCUCAUCCUCCAGCUCUAUGCCAGAGGACUCUGUGGCAGCUGCCCCCACAGAGGGCUUCAUUCAGGGGCUACUGGAGAUCCAUGCCAAGCCCCCUCUGGAGCACAUCCUGCCCAAUGGAGAGCCUCCUCUGGUGGGGGUGGAGUGAGGGGAAACUCCCUCAACUGUGUCCACGCUGUCUAAACUAAUGUCACCACAGUGCCAUACAAUGGAAAGACGCUGCACCAUUGAUGAGGGUGAUGAUGCAAAAACCACCGCAGAAAACUUUUCUGAUAGAAAGAAAGACGAAAACCUCGUUUUCUUGAAGUGCCUUACUACUAGUCCUACUUCUAAGAGAUGUUUUUUGCUCUAUCUUUAUCUUCAUUAUCAAGGAGGAUGGAUCUAAUUUUUAUAGCUUUUUAUGGUGACAAUGAUUUGCAUUACUAUUUUUGUGCGGGGAAUCUAUAUUUCAGCAAUAAAAAGAAUAAAGUUAUGAUUUAUUAUUGUUCUAGUUCUGUUUGAGAAUUGAUGAUCAACUUAGGAGACGCAGAGACAAAGACUGAGAUGGACCGUCAGUAUCUGUGUUUAUUUUUCUGUAUUUAAAUCACAGCUGGGCUCCGGCCACACAACAGACUGAACAAUCCAAUUUUAAGAUUUGAACCAGCUUUGGAUUUGAGAGCAAACUAGUCAGGGUGGGGAACUUGCCUUUUUUAGUCUGCCAGACACAGUGGUUUUAUAAAAUUCACCAGCCACUUCUUGUGCUCGACCAGUCAUAUAGAUAUUUUUGGAUAAAGUCAAACCUGGAGGUGAUGGCUGGCAGGCUGCCUUAGUGGCUGGUCAAACUGUUUCACCAGCAAAUGAUGGCUUCCGCUGAAUGCCGGUAGUCAUUUCUCACUGUGUAAAAGAGGACGCUUUUUUUGUAACUGGAAAACACAGAAAGGCCGGCACCUUGUCGCCCUUUUGGCUCGCUUCCGCACCAGCCCCCAUCUCUCAGCUGGCUUAGAAAACACACAGACAACAUUCACGAACUUGUCGAAGUCGUACCAGAUUUCUGUGUGACAAAAGGUGUCUUGAAAGGGCAGAUGUAGUGUUGAUCAGUUGGUGUUCUCCAUGUUUUUUGUUUUUCCACACUAUUGAUCCCUUUAUCCCUCAAACCCACCCUGUGAGUUGGUUUGUGUGUAUCUUCUCAUUCAUAAUCAUUCUCAGUUGAUUCCAUGUGUGUACAGAGAGUUGAACAUGUGGCAUGUGUUGCUAGAGUAUUUUCUGUUUUUUUGUGUGUGUGCGCGAUUAUCAGUGACAUUUAGGUGUAGGUAGGGGAAUUCUUGUGCUUUGUGGAUUUUUUUAUAACUGAACAAAUCAAAUUC